AUGUCGACCUUCAGUGGGAAAUAUCCGUACUCCCCGGAUUAUGCGUCUUACAACUGGACUGGUGCUCCCUCCGAUUACUCUUCGUUAACCACCAAUGAAGCUCUCGGUGGUAACUCUCGCACCGAGAACGUGAACAAAUGGUUUCAAUCUGGUGAUCAGGCCUACAUCAUCGUGGCUUCUGCCAUGGUGAUGGUUAUGGUGCCUGGUCUGGGUUUCCUGUACUCGGGCUUGGCUCGCCGAAAGUCUGCCCUGAGUAUGAUCUGGGCCUGUAUGGCUUCCAUGUCUGUCAUCACAUUCCAAUGGUACUUCUGGGGCUACUCUCUUGCCUUCUCCCAGACCGCGACCAAUGGUUAUAUCGGCAACCUGCGCAAUUUCGGCUUAAUGAAGACCCUGGCGGCGCCGAGUCCGGGUUCUCCACUUAUUCCCGAUCUUCUAUAUGCUUUCUAUCAGAUGCAAUUCUGCGCAGUGACUGCUGCUAUCGUUAUGGGAGCUGUGGCUGAGCGCGGUCGGCUUCUUCCCGCCAUGGUGUUUACUUUUGUCUGGGCUACCAUUGUUUACUGUCCAUUGGCCUGCUGGGCCUGGAAUGUCAACGGUUGGGCUUACAAGUACGGUGUGAUGGACUACGCCGGUGGUGGUCCCGUGGAAAUCGGAUCCGGUUUUACUGCUCUGGCCUACUCCAUGGUUCUCGGUCGUCGGCAAGAACGCAUGAUGCUCAACUUCCGUCCUCACAACGUCUCGCUUAUCCUUCUCGGUACCGUCUUUCUCUGGUUCGGCUGGCUUGGAUUCAACGGAGGCUCGGCCUUUGGUGCCAAUCUUCGUGCCACUAUGGCCUCCUGGAACACCAACCUGACUGCGGCGUUCGGAGCCAUCACCUGGGUCCUGCUCGAUUGGCGCCUUGCUCGUAAGUGGUCGAUGGUAGGCUGGUGUUCCGGUACCAUCUCGGGACUCGUGGCUGCCACUCCGGCAUCUGGCUUCAUCUCCCCCUGGGCUAGCGUGGCUCUGGGCAUCGUGACCGGCAUUGUUUGCAAUUACUCGACUAAGAUCAAGUUCUGGAUCCGCAUCGACGACUCUAUGGAUGUGUUGGCUGAGCAUGGUAUCGCUGGUAUUGUCGGUCUUAUUUUCAAUGCCUUCUUCGGUGAUGAUUCGAUCGUCGGUCUCGACGGUGUCAACACUGGCACCGGAGUCGGUGGCUGGGUGAUUCACAAUUACAAGCAGCUUUACAUUCAAAUCGCCUACAUUGUCGCUACCGCCAGCUACUCGUUCGUCAUGUCCGCCCUGAUCGCUCUCGCCAUCAACGCCAUCCCUGGUCUCAACCUCCGCGCCUCCGAGGAGGCUGAGCUGCUCGGUAUGGACGACGACCAGCUGGGCGAGUUCGCAUACGACUACGUCGAGGUCCGCCGUGACUACCUUGCUUGGACUCCCCAGCAAAAGGACCAGCUUGAAGAUGGCCACCAUAUUCCCGCUGCGGAACGCUACGGUAUUGGCGAGCACAGCGAUAUGAUGAUUGAAGGCCAGCCCCCGAAUGGCCAGAUCAGCCAGAGUAGUCGGGGCGGCAGUGAGGUGGAGGCUAUCCAGGAAAUCAAGGUGCCACCCACUCCCCGCCAAGCCGCCGAGCACCACGAAUCCGACAUUCAGCCAUCCACUGAACCGCCGGCUAAGCUGAGACCUGUCAACGAGAAGACAGAAGAUAGCUAA